UCUACUUCCAAAACUCCAAAGAGAAAAAGAAAAAGAAAAAAAAGAAUCACAUACAUGAUGGAUACAGGGGCACGAAAGCUACCCAUUCAUGAGCACAAUAUUUUGCCUUCGGCUCGGAUCGUUCACAAUACAUGUAAAGGCUGCGAUGUAAAAAACUUCGGCUACGGCGGAUACGUCUGCAAUGAUUCUGAUUGUAAAGCUUGGUUCCAUAAGGAGUGCGCGGAGACCCCAUCUGAGAUCAGACACCCUUUCCACCAACAACAUCUUCUCUCGUUGACCAAUGAACUGGGAGAUCGUCCAUGUAGUUUGUGUGGACAAAAGCGACUUGAAUCCGCUGGUUAUAGUUGUUCCACAUGUGAAUUCAACGUGGAUUUGCUUUGUGGGAUAAAACCGUCACCGCCUACUAUUGAGCAUCCUGUCUGCCAUGGCCAUCCACUUGUCUUUUUGAAGAAACGAGAUCAGGAGGAGGAGGAACCCCCUUGUGAAGUUUGCAAGGAUGCUAUUGGUGGACCUUCCUAUUCAUGCAUUGGAUGCGAUCUGUACUUCCACCUGGAAUGUGUCCAUCUCUCGGAAGAGGUAAAUCAUCCUUGCCACUCUGAUCAUCUUCUCAAGCUCAUCGCAUCCAAAUUACUUACCGAUAAUGGUGGUGGGAAGAUUUGUCUUUUGUGCGAACAACAACCAGAAAAGAUGAUUUAUCAUUGUUCUGUCUGCAACUUCACCACGUGUCUUGGCUGUACCAAAAGGCCACCCCCUCUUUCUAUCGAGCAUAACAGGACCCACAAACAUCCACUUACCCUCUUUCCAAAUGGAAUGUCAUUUAAUUGUAAUGUUACCGGGGCUGGGCUUAGCAGUAGAGCCUAGAUGUGUCUUCCUUGUGGAUUUGUUGUCAAUGGGCAUUAUAUCAACUUACCCCGGGUAAUAAACAUCAACCGUCAUGAUCAUCGCAUCUCUUUCACUGAUCACCUUGGCCCUGGAUAUCUGAAAUGCGGAGUUUGCCGCCAAACUGUGGACGAGUUUGCUGGGGCUUAUGCUUGUGUAGUUUGCCGUAACUAUGCAGUUCACUCGCACUGUGCAGUACGCAAUAAUAUAUGGGAUGGUGUGGAACUAGAAGGUACAUUUGAGAUCACAGAAGAUGUUGCACCAUUCACGGUAGUAGGAGAUAACUUGAUAAGUCAUUUUAGUCAUCACAAGCAUACCUUAAGGCUCCACAAAGAAGGCAUCAUUCAUGAUGAGAAGAGUACUGCUCGAUGUGAAGCAUGUACAUAUUCAAUCGGAUUUGAGCCGAUCUACAGUUGUGAGGAAUGUCGUUUCAUUCUACAUGAAAAAUGUGCUAAUCUUCCUAAGAAAAAGAGACUCGUGUUUGGCACCACACCAUUCACAUUAGUGGGAGCAAGUAGUCGUGUUGGUGAUAUGAUAGACUGUGAAUUAUGUUGCGUAUGUUCUACUGGUUUUAAGUACGCAUCUCAGAGUGGGUGGGAGAUAGAUGUACAUUGUGCUUCUCUUUCUGAGCCCUUCGUUCAUGAUGGCCAUUUACAUCCCCUAUAUUUUGAUUAUAAGGACAAUUACUAUUGCGAUGCAUGCCAUACUAAGGUAACGAAUGUCAUGCUCUGUUGCAAAGCUUGUGACUUUGAUUUGUGUUUCAGUUGCGCUAGUUUGCCAAAACAGAUAAAGCAUAGAAACGAUGAGCACACUCUCACUCUACGUUGUAGUGAAAAAGCGAAUGGAAAGUAUUGGUGCGAUAUAUGUGAGACAGAGUUGGAUCCAAGUACAUGGUUCUAUACAUGCUUUGAUUGUGGAGCCACAUUGCAUGUGGAAUGCGUACUAGGAGAUUUCUCACGUCUCAUGCCAGGAGGGAUCAUUGAUACUGUCGGGGAAAAGAAAUUUGAUGUGGUUCUUAACAAUCACAACACUCGACCAUUAUGCAGCAUCUGUGGCUCUCGAUGCAAGGUCUCAGUCAUCUUAAAGGUCUGCGAUGGAGACAAUGUAUACAUAUGUUCUCGUUCAUGUUUUUCUGAUACGAUUUUAGCUAGUUCAGGUUGAUUGGGAGUUUUGUUUAGAUCUUGUGCGUGGAAAGGGUGAAACUUUGAAUCCCUUUAUCUUUUACAUGAUGAGAGAUUUAUUCAUGUGGUUGUAUUAUUCGCUGCCCUAUCUACUUUAUU